AUGUUUGGAAAUCUGUGGUUGGUUUGUUUGUGUCUGUCCUUUUAUGGCACAGAAGCACGUAUAUGGGCCUGGAUGCUGAACAUGCCCCACAGUCCUCCCAAAGAAGGAGCAAAAGCACUUCGACAGAGCGCUCCUGUUGCCAAACCAGUCACGGCUGCAUGUGACCACGACAGAGCUUGUGGAAGGGGUUUCUCAUGUGAUCGCCACUUUGGCCUUUGUGUGCCUGUAAGAGGGGAGGGUCAUUACUGUCGGAGAGAUGCACAAUGUGUUCGUGGACUUAGCUGCAUGUUCGGGAAGUGCCACCGCAGUAUCCCCGAUGGACAAGAGGGUGCCAGGUGUAAAGUUGACAGAGAUUGUGGAGCAUCCAUGUGUUGUGCCCGGCAUCAUGGUGAGCAGGUGUGCAAAAGAAGACUGACGUUAGAUGAGAGCUGUUAUGUGCCUGAUGGUGGCCUGGCAUUCAGCAUCAACCAGAUUUGUCCGUGUGAUGAGGGUUUACUUUGUCGUGAAAGCAGUGGAAAGCUACAGAAAGAGAGGGAGUUUAUAUACCAGCCAGAACGAACAAGCUGGACCUGUCAAGUGCCCAACCUUUGA